AGGACCCGGAUUCAUUGUAUGGAGGAAAGCGGCGCUGGAGUGAAGCGCGUCUCGGCUGAUCUGCGGGCUGCGGACUUUACUGCGUUUUUCUCCGUGUUCUUUUUGUUUAGUGGUUAUUUAUCUCGGUCUGCGCGGCUCCACUUAUCUUCCACAGAGGCCGGUUUCGCUCAGAGGGGGGUUAACGCUCGGACUGCAGCACGAUGAUCACUUCAGCCGCUGGAAUCAUAUCCCUCCUGGAUGAGGAUGAGCCUCAGCUAAAGGAGUUUGCACUCCACAAGCUGAACUCCAUCGUCAAUGACUUCUGGGCAGAGAUUUCAGAGUCUGUGGACAAAAUCGAGGUCCUGUAUGAAGAUGAGACAUUCCGUAGCAGAGAGUUCGCUGCCCUGGUGGCCUCAAAAGUGUUUUACCACCUUGGUGCUUUUGAGGAAUCUUUGAACUACGCUCUGGGUGCUGGAGAUCUUUUCAAUGUCGCUGAUGAUUCGGAGUAUGUGGAGACAAUUAUUGCCAAAUGUAUUGAUCAUUACACCAAGCUGCGCGUGGAGAAUGCAGAGCUGCCGGAGGACGAGGAGAAGAAGAGCAUUGAUCCUCGUCUGGAGGGCAUUGUAAACAAGAUGUUUCAGCGGUGCCUGGAUGAUCACAAAUACAAACAGGCCAUUGGGAUUGCUCUGGAGACGAGACGCUUGGAUGUCUUUGAGAAAACAAUUCUUGAAUCGAAUGAUGUCAGUGGACUGCUGGCCUACAGCCUGAAGAUCUGCAUGACGCUGAUGCAGAAUAAGAAGUUCCGUAAUGAGGUGCUCAGAGUCCUCGUCAAGCUCUACAUGAACCUCGAAAAGCCUGACUUUAUCAACGUUUGCCAGUGUCUGAUUUUCCUGGAUGAUCCCCAAGCAGUGAGUGAUAUCUUGGAGAAGCUGGUGAAGGAGGAUAACCUCCUGAUGGCUUAUCAGAUCUGCUUUGACCUGUAUGAAAGCGCCAGCCAGCAGUUCCUGUCUUCCGUCAUCCAGAACCUGCGUACCGUUGGCACCCCGAUCCCAGCGGUCCCAGGCUCCACCAACACUGGCACUGUGCCAACUCAGGACAAAGACAGUGAUGCCAUGGAGACAGAUGACAAGGCAGGCAGUUCCCCUGCUGGAAAAGCUGCAGAUGGGAAGGAUGAGCCAAAGGAUCAGAACUCAAAAAUGAUCAAGAUUCUUAGCGGUGAAAUGGCCAUUGAGCUCCAUCUCCAGUUCCUCAUUCGAAACAACAACACAGACCUAAUGAUCCUCAAAAACACAAAGGAUGCAGUACGAAAUUCAGUAUGUCACACAGCAACAGUCAUAGCAAACUCUUUCAUGCAUACGGGAACCACAAGUGACCAGUUUCUUAGAGAAAAUCUGGAGUGGCUUGCGAGAGCUACAAACUGGGCCAAGUUCACCGCCACAGCAAGUCUGGGUGUCAUUCACAGGGGCCAUGAAAAAGAAGCCCUGCAACUGAUGGCUACUUACCUGCCCAAAGACACCUCGCCUGGCUCCGCCUACCAGGAAGGAGGUGGUCUUUAUGCCCUCGGGCUGAUCCAUGCCAACCACGGAGGGGACAUCAUUGAUUACCUCCUUAGUCAGCUGAAGAAUGCCAGCAAUGACAUUGUUCGUCACGGUGGUGCCCUUGGUCUCGGGCUGGCUGCCCUUGGGACUGCCCGACAGGAUGUGUACGAUCUGCUCAAAUCAAACCUCUACCAAGAUGAUGCAGUUACAGGAGAGGCUGCCGGCCUGGCUCUUGGUCUGGUCAUGCUGGGCUCUAAAUCUGCUCAGGCUAUUGAGGACAUGGUAGGUUAUGCCCAGGAGACCCAGCAUGAGAAGAUCCUGCGUGGGCUGGCGGUGGGCAUCGCACUGGUUAUGUACGGCAGGAUGGAGGAGGCAGACGCUCUCAUUGAGAGCCUCUGUCGUGACAAGGAUCCUAUUCUUCGCCGCUCAGGAAUGUACACAGUGGGGAUGGCAUACUGUGGCUCCGGGAACAACAAGGCUAUCCGACGCCUGCUGCAUGUUGCUGUGAGUGAUGUGAACGAUGAUGUGCGCAGAGCCGCUGUCGAAUCCAUUGGGUUCAUCAUGUUCAGGACUCCAGAGCAGUGUCCCAGUGUUGUCUCCCUUCUUUCUGAAAGCUACAACCCCCACGUCCGCUGCGGAGCAGCCAUGGCCCUGGGCAUCUGCUGUGCUGGCACUGGCUACAAGGAAGCAAUAAACCUGCUGGAGCCCAUGACCAAUGACCCAGUGAACUACGUCCGUCAGGGAGCCCUCAUCGCCUCUGCCCUCAUCAUGAUCCAGCAGACCGAAGUCACCUGCCCUAAGGUCAACCAAUUCAGACAGCUAUAUGCCAAGGUGAUCAACGAUAAGCAUGACGAUGUGAUGGCCAAGUUUGGCGCUAUCCUGGCUCAGGGCAUUCUGGAUGCAGGUGGCCGUAAUGUGACCAUCUCCCUGCAGUCCCGUACUGGUCACACACACAUGCCAUCAGUGGUGGGUCUGCUGGUCUUCACUCAGUUCUGGUUCUGGUUCCCGCUCUCUCACUUCCUGUCCCUGGCCUUCACACCCACAGCCAUCAUUGGCCUCAACAAGGACCUGAAGAUGCCCAAGGUCCAGUACUGGUCCAACUGUAAACCCUCCACCUUUGCCUAUCCACCAGCACUAGAGGUGCCUAAGGAGAAAGAGAAGGAGAAGGUUUCCACUGCAGUGCUCUCUAUCACUGCCAAGGCCAAGAAGAAGGAGAAGGAAAAGGAAAAGAAGGAAAAGGAGGAGGAGAAGAUGGAAGUGGAGACACAGGAGGCCGAGAAAGAGAAGAAAGAUGAAGAGAAGGAAAAAGAGAAGGAGAAGAAAAAAGAGCAGGAGCCCAACUUCCAGAUGCUGGAGAACCCGGCCCGUGUCAUGCCCGCGCAGCUGAGAGUGCUGUCCAUGCCUGAGACCUGUCGCUACCAGCCAUUCAAACCACUCCACACGGGUGGCAUCAUUAUCCUAAAGGACACCAGUGAGGAGGAGGAGGAGCUUGUGGAGCCAGUGUCUGCCCACGGUCCCAAGAUUGAGGAGGAAGAGCAGGAGCCGGAGGCCCCGGAGCCGUUCGAGUACAUAGACGAGUGAAUGUCACCUAUAGGUGGUGAAUCCUUCAGGAUCCCAGCAUGACUCCUCUUUAUGUCCUGUCCUCCACCCAACCACCCUUUUUAUUUUACAUGUUCCUCUCUCCUCUUCCUGCCCUUGUUGAUGUAUGCCGAUUGUUUUACAUUAUACUUUUCUGUCAUUACAAUAAAAAAAGAGAUCUAUUAGACAAA